AUGUUGAAGAAAAAAAAGGACACAAAUGUGAAGGAAAAGUUAAAAACAACGACGAACGGAAUGAGUUACAGAAAUUGGGAAGAAAAUCCCAAAGCGGAAGUGCUAGAUAAAGAGGAAGAUUUCAAACACCUAGAAGAAAAGGAACAUGAAAUAGAAAAAAUAUCGAGAAGAAUUUUCGAAGAAAAUAGUAAAAUAAAAAAAAUCAAUUUACAUCAUAAAAUAAUUAAGGAAGAAUUUGAAAAGAAAAAAUUAAUCGAUCAGGGUGAAAAAAAAAAAAAAAACACUCCUGAUUAUUACAAAAAAAUUACAACAAAGUUACAGAACAACAUAAAUAAUGUUGAGGAGUAUAUUAACAACAUUACAAAUGAUAUAAACAUUUUAAAAAGCUGCAUAGAUGACGAAAGAAAUGAGAGAAUUAUCUACAACAACAAUAUGAAAAUUCUUGUUAAUGAGUAUAAUACGUUAAAAAAGAACAUCAGUAACUUAGCCUCACAGGAAAAGGAACAAAACGCGCAGAAUGAAAAGCUAAAAGUGGAGCUGAAUGAACUCGUUAAAGAAAAAGACACCCUGGAGAAAAAACACAGGGAAGAUUUCAAAAUGCUGCAGCAAAAAUUGAAGGAGCAAAAAAUACUAUCGUCUGAACAGAAAAUACACGAGCUAAUCAAGAUGAAGUACAAUUGCAAGGAAAGGAAAAAUAAUAAAGCGGCGGAGGGAUCCGAGGAUGAGUUGGCGAGAAGAAACGAAAGACACACCACCUCCUCGGCCACCAGCAACGAUAAAAACAGUAGGAACCUCUCUGGGGAUGGAAAUCUCGCAAAUGACAACUACUACCUCCUGGAAGAAGCAGACUACGAAGAUGAAAAGAAAAAAAAACUAAACGCAAAAAUAAUUCUCCUAAAGAAACUAUGCCUGAGAAUCCUAUUCAUUAACGAAUAUCAAAAGCAAAAUAUUAAAAAGUUGGAAGAAAACAUCGAAAAUAUGAACAAGGCAAUCAAUUCUAUAAGCAUCUUGACAUCCAAAAAAGGAGACUUUGAUCACAUCAUUAUAAACUUAAAUGCGUCCAAGGAAAAAAACUACAGCCUUAUUUCGAGAAUUAACCUACUAAAUUACGAAACAAACGUUUUAACCAAGUUGAAUAAAAAAAUGAAGGAGAAAUUUAAAAAUAUCAACCUCCAAAAUGACGAAAUGGUUAACUUAAAGAAAGAAAUUACAAACAAAAUGAACGACAAAAUGACUCAUAUUAAGACAUCCCUACUGAAUAAUCAAGAAACCUGUAAGUUAAAAAAAAAAUGCUUCCACGAUUGUGUCAUGUACUUGAAAUGCCUAUACGAUUUUAUCAAACAGUUUGAAAAUAUGAACAACAAAUUAAAUCUAAGGACACAAAUUAUAAAUAAAGAAAAGAACUUCCAUUUUAAUUACAUCCACAAGUACAAUGAAGAAAUUCUCGUCGAUGAAAAUCACCUAAAUGACUUUUUAAUAUUUAUUGAAAAAUAUAUUUACGCUCUUAAUUUUUACCUUCCUUCUCCUACAUUCAAUUACAAAAACUUUAUCAUUCAAAACCCCAAUUUUAGCGUUCUCGGUUCUGCGUUAUCGCCGCAUUCUAUAGAUUCCGCCUCGAACGAGAACGCUCCGUUUAGCGCACUCAACUGUGUCACCUCCGAAAAUGAAUUCGGCGCGUCUCAAGGGGUUUCUCCACAGGAAGACGAAAAAUUGAUGAAUGAGCCCAUAAGUAAGGGCCCGGUAAAUGUUGACCCCCCCACUGGUGGGGACCCUUUGAAAGGGGAUGAGUCCCUGAAUGACACCAGCCAGGGAGUCGAUCAGCUCGCGAACAUGCCCACAGAAGCGGACCAAGCGGAGGCGCAGCAUACAGAGGGACACAGCCAGAAUAUUACACCCAAUGAAGUGGGACACGAUCCAAGUGGAGUACACCAAAAGGAGGAAGAACACCAAGACGUACUUAAAGAAGAGAACGAACGAAGCGACAACCAAAUCGUCCAGGAUGCUGCGGCGAAUAACCAGAGCAGCAACGCCAUUGCAGAAGUAGAAAAAGAAGAACAUAAGUUACAAGCUUGGCACGAGAAGGAAAAAGAGGGAGGAGAAGAGGAAGAAACAAAUGCCAUAGAGGGAGAAGAACCAAAGGGGAGGGAACCUCAAAACGAAACAAAAGGAAGUGAUAACUCGGAAGGUCCAAAUGGACAACAUGGUAAUGAUUUACCAAAUGGGGCAAAUGAAGGUGACGCGUCAAAAGUGGCACCGAAGGAGGGAACUUCACCUGGAGCGCAAAUGGCGGAUGAGAGUAUGCCUAACGAAGAAGAAAUGAAAGUACCAUAUGAGGAAGAAGUGAAAGUGUCUGGUGUGGAAGAGGUGCACGUGCCUGGUGAGGAAAAGGAGAAAGUACGAGAUGAGGACGAGGAGAAACGGCCUGGUGAGGAGGAGGUGAAGGUACCAGAUAAGGACGAGGCAAUCGUGCCAGGUGAAGAGCAAAGCAACGCGCCGAAAGGUGAGCAAGAAUGUUCACCAAAUGAGGAGGAACUGAACACAUCGGGGGAAGAACCCAUAAACGAACCGACAGAUACGCAGAAAACUUCGCCGAACGAGGAACCGUUGAACGCGCCAAGCGAAGCGCAGACAACCCCCGCGGACGCAGAUCUAGAGGGAGAAAACAAAAACUACAAUUUAAAUCAUUUUAAUUCGCGCAGCAUCGAAUACGAUAAGCUAAAAGAAGAAAUCCCCACCGAAUUGUUAAUGAAAAAAUAUGACUCUAAGAAAAGCUCAACGGCUGCAAAUUAG